AUGGCUUCCAUCCUUGGACUUCCGGCACAAAGCUCGACUGUUACAAUCCUGAUUACCAGGGUUCACUCAUAUCCCAUUUGUGGGCUCAUAGAAUUCUGGGCCAAUUUUGCCCAGGCAAGGGCAGCGGAUUAUCAAUCCCUGGCCAAAAACAUUCAGUCUCCUGCAAACGCAUUUCCGGAGUUUGAAGGAAAUUCUGGUGACUUGUGCUUGGUUCAGAUCGAUGGUACAUGGUAUAGGUCCCGCAUAGUCACAAGAAAUGGAUCCAACUGCAAAGUCUUCCUCAUUGACGAAGGGAUCACAUGUAGCACCACCACAAAGUUAUUGGCUUUGGGUAAGAGGGAGCACUUCCACCUGUCACCUGCAGUGGAGUUGUGUGUGCUUGCCAAUGUAUUUCCACUGUCUCCUGAAAAUAGGUGGUCUCCAGUCGCACUUGAAUUCCUGCAGUCUCUUCGAGGACAGACAGUAAAGGCACAUGUGCAAGAUGUACUAGUACAUGAAAGAAAGCUUCUUCUGGACAUUCCAUGCAUAUCCAGACAAAUGUAUGAAAUGGGAUUAGCGAAGAAACUGGAACCAAGCGUGUUCCUGGACUUUGUUCUCAAGUCACUAAAGCCUAAAAGUGAAGCUGAAAAGUUUUAUCAAACCUCCAUGGGCGAAGUCAAGCAAUUGCACAAGGAGGAGUUGUACAUGUAUCCAGAGGUGUCAGCAGGAGCUGUAGAGACUGUUUUCGUGACAGAAGUGACCAAUCCACAGCGGGUUUUCUGCCAGUUGAAGGUUUUUUCUCAAGAGUUAAAUAAACUCUCAGAGCAAAUCACACAGCGCUGUAGGGGCACAAAGGUCAAUUGCAUUGUAGAUCCUGAAAUGAUAGGAUAUCCUUGUGCUGCAAGGGGAAAUGAUGGCAAUUGGUACCGCUGUGUUCUACAACAAGUAUUUCCAGUAAACCAGAUGGUGGAAGUACUCAAUGUUGACUAUGGUACAAAACAAUUGGUUCAAAUAGCAAAUGUAAGACCACUGGCUCCAGAGUUCUUCAGAAUGCCUGUUGUGACCUAUGUAUGUUCACUCCAUGGAAUUAUUGACAAAGGGAUUGGAUGGACAAGCACUCAGAUUACAUAUCUCAAAUCCCUACUCUUGCACAAGACUCUCAUUGCCAAAUUCCAGUACCAAAGUAUCUCAGAGGGUGUUUACUAUGUUACACUCUAUGGUGAUGAAAAUAAAAACCUCAACAACAUGUUUUGUUCCAAGGAGAACGCUCUGCAGGAGAGUGAAAAAACACUUGGUGAUUAUGCUAUUGGAAACGGGGAAUACAGCAGCCAGGAUCACUCACCAGGACAAAGGGAUACCAGUAAGAUGCUGUGUUCUUCUGGCCUUGCUGAAAGGAAUGAGAUUGAAAAAACAUCCCAAAUCUUCACACAAUAUUCAGAAGCUGGACUCUUGGGUGUUUGCGGAAACACUGAGGUUUUUUUUCCGACCCAGAAUGUUGACCCCUCAAGCAAAGAGUUACAAAUUGGAAAGUUCAAGGAACAUAUGUUUCCUAUUGGUACUGUCCUUGAUGUCAGCGUGUCUUAUAUUGAGAGCCCAAAUGAUUUUUGGUGCCAACUCGCCCGGAACUCUUGGCAGCUGAAAUUGCUAAUGCAUAGCAUACAAGCACACUAUGCAGGCAGCAUUUAUGAGCCUCUUACAGAAGCAGUUUGUGUUGUUCACCACCCUGACAAUGGAAUCUGGUACCGAGCCCGUGUAAUUCACAAACACGAAACAACUCAUGUGACUGUUCUUUUUGUGGACUACGGCCAAACAAAGACAGUCCCUCUCCACGAACUGAGGACGAUCAAUCCUGAAUUUCUUAAUCUGCACAGUCAAGCAUUUCGAUGCAGUCUAUUUAACCCUCCCAAAUUCAUGUCAGUUGUAAAUGAUUGGAAUGAUGAGGCAAAGGAAAAGUUUUACAAAUUUGUGGAAAUUGCUGCCUCCAACUCCGUGACAUUAAAGUGCACCAUAUAUGCAGUCAUGUACAAUGAAAAGAAAAUAGCAUUGAACAUUGUGGACCUAGAAACCCCCUUUGAGAGCAUCUCUGAAAGUAUGGCCACUCUUGCCCAUAGUGCGCCUGGCAGGACAGUCCCCAGACCAUCUUUCCGCCUGGACACACAUUACUACUCAACACACAAUAUCAAAACUGGAAUUGAAGAACAAGUUACAGUCACAUGUGUAAACAGUGUCAGUCAGUUCUACUGCCAACUUGAAAGGAAUGCUGAUGUUCUAAAGGAUCUUAAUGUGAAGGUCAACAAUCUCUGCCAUCAGCUUGGCAUUGUGAAGCCCCCAACAGUAUUUGGGAAAUUGUGCUUUGCAAAGUACACUGAUGGGCUGUGGUACAGGGCACAGAUCAAGGCCACUAAGCCAUCAAUCCUGGUUCACUUUGUUGAUUAUGGCGAUACAGCUAAAGUGGACAAAUCAGACUUGCUUCCAGUGCCCAAAGAGGCCAAUGACAUAAUGUCUAUACCUGUACAAGCAGUAGUGUGCGGUCUCUCUGAUGUCCCAACAGAUGUUCACAGUGAGGUGAAUAACUGGUUUAAAACAUCUGUGACAGAAUGUAAAUUCCAAGUUCUAGUCGUAGCCAAAGAACCCAGUGGGAAUCUACUGGUUGAACUUUAUCACAAAAACACUCAAAUCAAUUCAAAGAUGAAGAAAAUCUUUCAGCUAGAGGUGAAGACUGAAGGUCAAGUUCUCUGCCAGCGUCAGAAAGCUCUUGAGACUCCUUAUGCAAAUAAGGAAAAAGAAGCAAUACCUGUUUCUCCUCAAGUCAUCCCCAAAAACAAUGUACCUGUCUCAAAACCAGCACAUAAAGUAAGACAAGCGACACAAUCUUCAAGACAGAAUUUGAACAAUGAUCAGAGGGUUAAAACCUCACAAGAACUGUACCAAACACCACACCAAAGGCAACAUCAGAGCAAGCAAAAUAGUAAUAAUGAAAGAAAAGAAAAUCUCACAGUCAUAAACGACUCAAAGUUGGAUUGUAAAUCACCUGUUAAAGAGUCUGGCAAUGUGCUCCACCAAGCCAAAUAUUCAAAACUCCCUAAACUUGAAGACUUGCCCAAAGAUUUGAUCACAUUGGGUAUGGAGGCAGAUGUUUAUGUUUCACAUUACAACAGCCCGUCAAGCUUCUAUGUGCAGCUUGUCAGAGAAGAGGAUGAAAUAUUCUCCCUAGUUCACAAGCUUAAUGACCCACUAUCCACCCCCAAAAUCAGCAUUACUGAAGUAGAUGUAGGUGACCUCGUUGAAGCUGAGUUUGCUGAUGAUUCCUCAUGGUACCGGGCAUGUGUAAAACAAGUGCUGUCCAGCUCUAUGGCUGUUGUUGAGUUUGUUGAUUUUGGCAACAUAGUUCAGUUACCAUUUUCCAAACUAGCCAAACUCAAUCAGGCUUUUGAGCAGUUGCCAAGGUACAGCACACACUGCAUGUUAAGUGAAGCUGAAUCUCUUGAGGUGCUUGAUGCAGAAGUGGUGUCCACUCUGAAAAGAGAUAUUGGCUCAAAUGCAGAGAAAAUGCUGAAAUGUCAAUUUGUGCAGCAGUCUGAGGUAGUGUGGCAAGUCACUCUUGAGGAUAAUGGUGUGCAGGUCACAUGUAAAGCACCAGCAAAAUGUCCUAAAAUCCCAUCUGACACUGAACCGAAAGUGGAAGCGAGUGUGCAGAACUCAGAAACAUCACUGGAUUUCUGUUCUCCCUGUUAUCACCAUAUAGAAUUUAUAGAGGGACAACAGCUAGAUGUUUACAUCUCAGCUAUAUAUGACGCACAUAAAUUUUGGUGUCAGCCUGCUGACUCCAAUGCACUUGAUAAGAUAUCUAAAAAUCUCUCGGAAAUCGGAAAUGCAACUUAUAGUACACACGUCAGCAUGAGCGCGCUCUUACCUGGUAGUCCAUGCGUUGCAUUUUUUGCAGAGGAUCAGCUUUGGUGCCGUGCUGAAAUAUUGAAUAAAGAUGGAGAUAAGCUGUCAGUUCUCUUUGUAGACUAUGGCAACACAGCUGAUGUUACCAUUACAAAUGUGAGGGAAAUACCCAGUGACCUGUUAGAAACUCCAACACAGGCAUUUUUGUGUAAGCUUGAAGGUUUUGAUGAGUCGCAUGGCUCUUGGUGUGACAGUGCUUUCGAUGAAUUAGCUUCAAUUGCAGAAGACAAAUUAUUGCAGCUAACUGUCACCAAGCUAUCCAGAGAAGAUGGAAAGAACAUGCACCUUGUGCAACUUGAAUGUGAAGGCCAGAAGUUAAAUGAGACUAUGAAAAGGUGGUGGAUGACUUCCACACUCGAAAACAAACCGGACGUCCCACAGUGCUUACUGGAUGAAAAACUAGGCCCAAUUGAUGCAACUGCGAAAGAGACAGAAAACGAAACCUCUGAGAAUGAAGACACAAGACUUGCUAUUCCUGGUGCUCACACUGGUAAAUGUCCUAAUGAUGCUGACUUGUACUCUGUGGUAACAAGUUCUCCAAAGAACUUUCAGAGCCCUGUGGAUUAUCUUCACACUUCAAUUCUUUCCAGCAAGUCCCCACAAGAAGACAAGUGUUUAUCUGAAAGCUGGAGCAAAAGUGAAACAAGUGAAGGGGUAAACACAGUCCCCAGUGUUUUGAUUCAUGAUAUGGAAUCCAAUGUUUCACAUAUUGAUAGUGGAACAGAAGAAAAUGUGUACCCCUGGCAAAAUAUGGACACAAACGUGGCAGAGAGUGACAAAAACUUUGAGGAAGCUGCCUCUGUGCUGGACACAACUUUGUCAGAUGAGAUAAAAUCUCCACCAGACAAGAACCUUCAGGAGGCCGCAGAUGACUGUGGGAUUCCAUUGUCCCCAUUUGAAGUGGUGGAUAUCCAGAACAUGAGAGGCUGCUAUAAAGUUGGGACCUAUUCUGCUGGUCGCCCGUGA